CUGCUUUUCACUGCUUCUCCUUCAGCGGCUCGUUUCGAUUCUUCCGCCGCCGCCGCUGCCGCUGCCGUUGCUGACGAUGUGCUGCGCAAGUUCAAAUGUCCCGAAUGUGGCAAAGCGUUCAAAUUCAAGCAUCACCUCAAGGAGCAUAUUCGAAUCCAUUCUGGGGAGAAACCAUUCGAGUGCCCGUCCUGCCAUAAGCGAUUCUCGCAUUCUGGCUCCUACUCGUCUCAUAUGAGCAGCAAAAAAUGCAUACAACAGUCCGCACCGUCCAUGGUACCGCAGUUCAAUCACUACCAAUUGAUGGUGUAUCGAAAUUUGCUGAUGCAACUUCAAACGCAACAGCAAUUCGUACUUCCAACUGCCACCGUCGACCCAAAUCCCUACCUCAGUCUCAUUCAACAGACAAUGUUGCAAGGGGUAAGCGGCCCAUGCUCUUUAACAGUAAAGACCCUAUAUGCCCUUGCAUCUGUGAGUUUGAUUUGGCGACUUUUGGUUUCACCCGGAGCAACUCAUGACGUUGACGUCGAAUGUGCUCGUACUCCCUGGGAUAGUUCGCUGAAUUGUCAAAUGGUGGUUGGUAACGACGUGAUCACCGAUGCGAAGUCAUCACCGCAGGAUUGGCGUCCGCUUCGCUCCAGAUCGUUCCUCACCGAUGCCCAGGUGGCUAUCCUGAAUACCCAUUUCAAGCGGAAUCCUUUCCCUUCGAAGUACGAAUUGUCGGCAGUGGCCGAGCAAAUUGGAGUGAACAAACGUGUUGUCCAGGUGUGGUUCCAGAAUACCCGAGCAAAGGAGCGACGAGGCAAUCGCCUUCCACCUCUGGGUCGAAUGCCUUGGCCCCUAACAACGGCCACUACCCCAUCACUUCCUCAACAGAAUGCCGCUCAAAUCAUGUCUGCAUGGGCUCAACAGUAUUCUGCUUUCGCAUCUCAGGUUUCCGAUGAGUCAGCGAAUCAGAAAGAGGAGGAAACCGUCGUCGAUGAUGACAAAUCGAACACUCCACUUGACCUUACGGUGAAGGACGAGGUUGACCAUGACUGGAGCCCUGAGAAGCUCAUUGGUACGUCCCACAUGCCGCUUCAACGCCUUUCUGACUCACCUUUUGAUACGAGUCCGACGUCUGAAGCACCGGAAUCUGAAGUGACAUCGUCGAUUUGGCCCCCAACUUCUAUGUUUCUCAACCAGUACAACAUCCUGAACGUGAGCAACUUGGCUGGACUUCAGAACGUCUUUGAGGUUUGCCUCCUCCAAACGGAUGCCGACGAGACGAUGAGUUUGAGUUCGAACGACUCCAAGAGGAACAAUUUUCGGAUAAACAAGUUGGUGGAGGAAGAAGGCCUUUUUGCCUGUGACCAAUGUGAUAAGAUGUUCGGCAAGCAGAGUUCAUUGGCAAGGCAUAAGUAUGAGCAUUCAGGUCAACGCCCGUACAAAUGUGACGUUUGUGACAAAGCUUUCAAACAUAAGCAUCAUCUGACAGAACAUAAACGCUUACACUCAGGAGAAAAACCAUUCCAGUGUGACAAGUGCCUGAAACGAUUCAGUCAUUCCGGCAGCUACAGUCAACAUAUGAAUCAUCGCUACUCGUACUGUAAACCCUAUAGAGAGGGUAUGGUAGCAGCAGCAGUUGUAGCCGUGACCGGUAAUGGAGGUAAUACUGGUUCAGAAAAUCCAUCAUUAGCCAGUACUCCAAAUCCGACACCUCUCGAAGUACCGCUUAUGGGUACACAGCUCAGUCCUCUGCUCACUCCAGCGUCUCUCGUUUAA